CUCACUCUUGAAUGUGUGUCAAAGUUAUAGCUUCUGAAGCAACUAGCAAUUUAAUGUUUACAUUUUAACUUUUACAUUUUUUAUUACAAAUAAUAAGUCAUAAAAAAAUUAUAAACACAACAAAAUAAGAUAACUAUCUAAUUAAAUUGUAUGCAAUUACAAUGCCGUGAAUUUUCUACAAUAAAACACUAUGUCCUCAAUUAUUUACGAAAAACAUAACAAAGAAGGCUCUAAAUUAUACAAAUGUUGCGAGUACGCUAGUAAAGUUUCAUUAAAUUUAAACAACUUCAGGCGAGAUGGGAGGUUUUGUGACAUAGAACUUAUUUCUGGAAAGACUAAAAUUAAGGCUCACCGAGUAGUCCUGGCUGCCAGUUGUGAAUAUUUUGAUGCCAUGUUCAAUGUUGGCUUAGAAGAAAGUCAAAAGGGUCGAGUGAUGUUACCCAGUAUACCGCCUUCCAUAUUACCCUUAAUCAUCGACUUUAUAUACACUGGUGAAAUUGCAAUAGACAAAGUGACAGUACAAAAUUUAUUGAUUGCAGCUGAUAUGUUACAGUUAAGGGAACUUGUAUUUGGAUGUGGAGAGUUUUUGAAAAGAGAACUACAUCCAUCAAAUGCACUUGGUAUAUUUAGGUUUGCAGAAACUCAUAAUUGUAAAGAAUUAGCAGAAGAAGCCUUAGCACAUGCUCAAGCUUAUUGGAAUAAGGUAGCAAAUGGAGAUGAAUUAUUGGAACUGCCUCUACAGCAGUUAGUCACACUUCUUUCUUCUGAACAGUUAAAAGUUGAUAAUGAAGCUCAGGUACUAUAUCCAGCACUGAAGUGGUUGGAACAUGAUCCAGCUUCUCGACGCCGACAUUGUUUUGAAGUUUUGAGUCAUGUGCGGUUACCGCUCAUAUCACCACAAGUCCUGGAUAGUGCCAUUAAAACUGUACAAGAUCCAUCCAUAGCUGUAGCACUGAAAACCGUCAGGGUUGAUAUGAAGUCGGGUCGCGGUGCGCUGGUGUCGCUCUCGGCAGAGCCGCGGGCCCGUGCGCGUCGCGUUCUUGUGAUCGUAGGCGGCUCGUGCCGCGACACCGCGCCACAUCCACCUCUUACUACUGACAACAUUCUGUUCUCCGCUCUUAAGUUUGAUCUUCAUAAAAGGGAAUGGGAAGAACUCGCACCAAUGGGUAUCGCUCGAAUACAACCUGGUGUAGCAACUUUGGGCGGACGAGUGUACGCCGUGGGAGGUGAACAGGGAAGCCAAAUAUUAGCAAACGGUGAAGUUUAUGAUCCGCAGGCAGACAAAUGGUCAGAUAUAGCACCUAUGAAGGAGGCUCGGUGCGAGUUUGGCCUGACCGCGUGGAACGGCAACCUGUACGCGUUUGGCGGCUGGGUGGGCUCCGACAUGGGCUCCUCGGUGGAAGUGUACGACCCGGUGUCGGACGAGUGGACGCUCGUGGGACACAUGCCUGAGCCACGGUUCGGUAUGGGCGUUGUUACGUUUGAAGGUCUCAUAUAUGUAGUUGGCGGGUGCACUCACACAUGGCGGCACACGCAAGAUUUAUUGUGUUACCACCCCACCUCACGCAAGUGGCAAACUCUCAAGUCGAUGCGGAAUGCCCGUAGUCAGGCCGCAGCGGUGGUGUUGGACAACUAUCUUUACGUUAUUGGCGGGAAUGCACCAAGACGGACAGUGCUGGCAACGGUGGAAAGAUACAGCUUUCAAGAUGACACGUGGGAGGAGGUGGGCAGGCUGCGGGAGGCGCGCGCGGGGUGCGCGGCGGGCGCGGCCGAGGGGCUGCUGGUGGUGGCGGGCGGGGACAGCGAGAGCGGCGAGCGCGCCUUCUACCGCGCGCGCACCACGCUCGCGUCCGUCGAGCUGUACGAGCCGGCGCACGACGCGUGGCGGCCCGGCCCGCCGCUGCCGCACUCGCGCGCGGAGGCCGGCGCCGCCCUGCUCUGACACCCCCCACCCUGCUGCCGAGCGGUUCACGAGAGGUGAUUGCUGUUCUAUUUGUAAUUAUAAGUGUUCAGUGGAACCGGUUGCAGUUUUCUUAUAACGAUUAAUACGGCCGUCGAGUGGGGCCCGUUGUUAUCGAUGUUACUGAGAGGUUAUACCUGUUAGUUUUUUAAACUGGUUGCAGGUUUUUUAUCGGUUUGAUAUCUUCUAUAUCUUUUGCGUUUUUAACAGUUCAGAAUGCGCUAGGAAAUGUAUGUAGCAUUUUUGGUUUAGUUUCAGAUCUGUAACAAUUUUCUGUUUUUAUAAAAUCAAUCCUACGAGUGUCAUCGUGAGAUGACGCGGUAUAACGAUAAUUUCUUUCUUAACAACAUUACGUGCUAUGGAUCCAAGUUCAUCAUAUUAGAGAUUUGACUUAUAUAUGUAGUUUUUAUAGCAAUCUUUUAAUUCUUUAAGCUAAGUUCUCUUUAAAAAAUUAAACAAUAGUUUUUCGAUGUUUUAUGUAGCAACUAUCUCACGAUAUUUCUUUUUUUUAUUUCACAAUAUACUUACAUAUUAAAUUAGAAUUUAGAAUAUUCCAGCUCAUUAUGUAAGAAGCUUUAUUUGCACCUAGUUUUUGAUAAUAGCGCGUAUCAAUUGUUACGUUGCUUGUAUGAUUUUUUAUAAUACAUAUUUAUGUUUACUUAUAUAAAUUUUACACAGCACUUUAAUGUAGAUUUAUCAUAAGGAAGAAUAUAAACGAAUUAUACGAAAAAGUUAAAAAAAACGUAUUCAACAUG